CAGUAGUUGUGAAUGAAGUUAAAAACGCGGCUCCUCUCCUUAGCAGCAGUUAUUUAUUUGAGCUGUCAAAAUAACCCUUUUGUUUUCAAAGACUAGCUUAUGCAGAGGCCGGCGCACUGAACACCGUGCCAGCCUGUGCCGCCGUUAGAGUUACGCUGCACACAGUGGUGUUGCUGUUGCCCUGCUGCUGGUGCGCGCAGCGUUAGAGCUGUCCUCACCUCUGCGAGGCUGGAUGUCCCGAGCUCUGCGUGAUCCGUGGUUUACUGAAGGGUGCAGCUGUGAUUCUUCAUAUUUCGCUAGAGUUCUGAGUAAUUAUAAGCAGAUCUACAGAAAUGCAAGGCGCUCCAGGAGUGGGGAACUAUGGACCUGCUGGACAUGCUGGGCCUCCCAUCCCAAAUCUGCCUCCUGGGGGUGGGGUGACCAUCUGGAUGCCUUCCCCUCCUCCUCCUCCUCUCUACUGCCCCCCUGGACUAGAAUACCUGACCCAGAUUGACCAGCUAUUAAUUCAUCAGCAGAUUGAACUUCUUGAGAUUAUUACUGGCUUUGAAACAAACAACAAAUACGAAAUCAAGAAUACGCUGGGGCAAAGGGUUUACUUCGCAGCAGAGGACACCGACUGCUGUACCAGGUUUUGUUGUGGGCCAUCGCGACCUUUCAGCAUCCACAUUAUUGACAAUCUGGGCCACGAGGUGAUAACUUUGCAGAGACCCCUCAGGUGUUCUUCGUGCUGUUUCCCUUGCUGCUUACAGGAGCUGGAAGUUCAGUCCCCCCCAGGAACACCAGUGGGUUAUGUUGUCCAGACCUGGCAUGCCUGCCUGCCUAAGUUUACUAUUCAAGAUGAGAAAAGAAUGGAUAUACUGAAAGUUAUUGGCCCAUGUGUUGUCUGCAGCUGUUGUCAGGAUAUUAAUUUUGAGGUGAAGUCCAUUGAUGAAACUUGUACUGUUGGGAGGAUUUCUAAGCAGUGGACUGGAUUUGUGAGAGAAGCGUUUACAGAUGCAGAUAAUUUUGGCAUCAAAUUCCCAAUGGACCUUGAUGUAAAAAUGAAAGCUGUCAUGAUUGGUGCUUGCUUCCUUAUCGAUUUCAUGUUUUUUGAGCAUGCUGGGGAUGGGCGACAGCGAUCGGGAGUUUGGUAAUGAAAUCUGGAACUUUUUAUUUACAAAGAAGACAAAAAUAAGUUGCCUAACUUUCCAGUGGAUUACAAAGCUCCAGUGGGAAUGUGAGAAAUGUAGAUCUUGUUCUUAAAGUUAUACUUCUGUAAUCUAACAGCUGUAUAGUCUAGCUUCAUUUUUGUAAUCUUAUGAAUUAUUUGCAAUAUCCGAAUCGGAACCCUUUGUCUGUACAGAUCAAUAUUGUAAUUUACAGAAAUAUACAGCAACUUUUUUUGUGACGUAGUAGUCUUGUGAACUUUUUUAAGAAUUAAAAUAACUUUGUUCAAUAUUAAUAUAA